AUGGCUAACCGCCAGAGAACCCUUGACCAGCAGGUCUACUGCAUUAAGGACCUUGAACGUCUAGGCUCCGAGAAAUUAGAAAAGACCUAUCGCGGUAAGUUUAACAUGAUUCAAAACCCACACAGAGCAUUUAUACUGAUAUACGUGCCAGAGUACUACAAUGAAGGCGCCAUGGAUCUGAUCACAUUGCGAUUGAACCAAUCGGCAUACGACCGAUACAUGAUCCGCCCUCGGGUGUUGCGAAACAUUUCAGGACUUGAUACUAGCACUCGCAUCUUUGACACCAAGGUUAAAUUUCCCUUUGGAUUCUCGCCAACGGCCAUGCAGACAUUGGCGCAUCCCGAGGGCGAGGUCGGCACCUCCAAAGCGUGUGCUGCUCACAACACUCUGAUGGGACUAUCAAACUAUUCUUGCAUCGAGUUAGAAAAGGUCAUUGCGCAUGGCUCUGGCAAUCCCUAUGUGAUGCAGAUGAGUCUGCUCAAGAAUAAGGCUGCGAUGAUUCAGAUGAUCAAGCGCGCGGAAGCUGCUGGAUUCAAGGCUCUCUUUGUUACUCUUGAUGUUCCCUAUCUCGGUCGCAGACUGAAUGAGUUCCGCAACAAUUUUGCAGUGCCCAAGGGCAUGGAAUACCCUAAUCUUUUCCCUGGGGUUGAUGUCACUAACCUCGAGGAUGGUAAUGAUGUGAUGGCCUAUGAUGACACUCUUGAAUGGCCCGACAUGAUACCAUUCUUCCGCAAGCACACCAAGAUGCAAAUCUGGGGCAAGGGAAUCUACACAGCCGCCGAUGCCGAACUUGCAAUCAAGCACGGCUUUGAUGGAAUCAUCAUCUCAAACCACGGUGGCCGCCAGCUGGACAGCGUGCCUUCUUCCCUUGAUGUUCUUCGCGAGGUUGUUCCUGUCGCAAAGGGCAAGAUUCCUAUUGCCGUUGAUGGAGGUAUCCGUCGCGGAACUGAUAUCUUCAAAGCUUUGGCUCUCGGGGCCGAUUUCUGUCUUGCCGGACGACCGGCUAUUUGGGGCUUGGCUUACGAUGGCCAAAAGGGAGUUGAGCUGGCUCUCAACUUACUUUAUGAUGAAUUCAAAACGUGCAUGGCGCUGGCUGGUUGCCGAAACAUCUCAGAGAUCAAGAGAGAAUCUAUCUCUCUUUUGCAGUCUGAUGGUCGCUUGUUGAAAUUGUAA